AUGAAAGAUGUUUGUACUGCUACUGAUUUAGAUGAUAAAUUUAUAAAAGAUGAAAAGAAGGAAAAUGUAUUAUUGAAAAGAAGCUUGUUGUUAUCGAAAAAUAUGUAUGUAGGAAAUGAUAUAUUAACACCAUAUAACUAUAAUUUAUUGGCCUAUGACCAGAAUAUAAAUAAACGAAUUACAAUCCUUGAUGAAGAUAAUGAUGAUGAUAAUGUUAUUAAUAAAGAACUGAAAGAAAUAUCAACUUUAGCUUUAUCAGAUGGGAAAAAUAUAAAAACACACGAAGAAUUAUACAAAGAAAAUGAACUUAAAAAUAGAAAACGUAAUAUAAGAGAAAAUGUGUUAAAAAGAUUAACGUGUAUAAAAAUGAAUAUUAAUAUGAGAGAAUUAGAUGAAUAUUCUUGUGUAAAAAAGUUAUAUAUAAAAAAAUGUGAAAAUAAUGAUAUACAAAAGGAAAAUGAUAUAAACAAGAAAAAUAAAAAAAAACAUAAAAAGAAAAAGAAACAAUCAAUUAUUAGUAGUAUUAUAAAUGAUGAUGAAACAUAUAGAAAUGAUAAUAAUUAUAAUAAUUAUUAUAAUAUCAUAGAUAAUUUGAGUUAUAAUGUACAUGAAGAAAAAAGUAAUAAUGAUGUAAAUACACAAAAUAGUUUAUUACCUUAUACAAAUGAUGGAAAAAUAAAUAAUACGAAUAAUCUAAAUAAUCUUGGUCCCAUUAUAAAAAAGUCAGAUGAUAAUAUAUUAAGUAGUGAUGUAUUAAAACAUAUAAAAACAUUAGAUAUUUAUAAAAAGAUUAAAAAACCUAAAUGGCAUUUCCCUUAUAAAUUAUAUAGAGUAAUUUUAGGACAUUCAGGUUGGGUUAAUUGUGUUGAUGUUGAUAUAAGCAAUGAAUGGUUUGCAACUGGAUCUAAUGAUCGUUUAAUUAAGAUAUGGGAUUUGGCUAGCUGUAAAUUAAAAUUAACAUUAACAGGUCAUAUUAAUGCUAUAAGAGAUAUAAAAAUAUCAAAAAAAAAUCCUUAUCUAUUUAGUUGUGGAGAAGAUAAUAGAGUAAAAUGUUGGGAUUUAGAAUAUAAUAAAGUAAUAAGAGAUUAUCAUGGACAUUUAUCAGGUGUAUAUUGUUUAUCAUUACAUCCAUCUUUAGAUUUAUUAAUGAGUGGAGGAAGAGAUGCUGUUGUUAGAGUUUGGGAUAUAAGAACAAAAAGUUCUGUUUUUGUAUUAUCUGGUCAUACAGGUACUGUUAUGUCUAUAUGUUCUCAAUCAGUAGAACCUCAAGUAGUGUCAGGUUCUCAGGACAAAAUGAUAAGAUUAUGGGAUUUAAAUAAUGGGAAAUGUAGAAUUGCUUUAACACAUCAUAAGAAAAGUAUAAGAUCUUUAUCUAUACAUCCAUUUGAGUAUAGUUUUUGUAGUUGUGGUACAGAUAAUGUAAAAGUGUGGUGUGGUGCGGAUGCAGAAUUUGAUAGAAAUAUUACAGGGUUCAAUUCUAUAAUUAACUGUAGUUUAAUUAAACAAGAUGCAUAUUUUAAUGAUUCUUCUAUUUUAAUAUUAGGAAGUAAUAAUGGUCAAUUACAUUUUUAUGAUUGGUCAAGUGGAUAUAAAUAUGACACAUUAUCAAAUAAAGUUGUACCUGGAACGGUGGAAUGUGAAAAUUCAACUCUUUCCAUGGCAUUUGAUAAAAGUGAAAGUCGAUUGAUAACAACACAUGGUGACAAAUCAAUUAAGAUUUGGAAAGAAAAUGAAGAUGCAACUCCAGAAAAUUUUCCGAUAAAAUGGAAUCCUUAUGAAAAUUUUAAAUUUUAA